AUGGCAACCACUGUGGUCAUCGUUGGUCUCGCGGCCGCCGCGGCGUAUGUCGGGCUCGCUGCUGGCUGGCUUCGUCUCCCUGCGUAUACCGAUGCCGGUUCUUCAGGAGCAUCUGCUGGCUAUGUGCUGGAGUGUAUGGUCACACAUCGCCGGCUGUUCCCCAAGGUGUCUUCACACAGCUUCGCGUACCGGACUCUCUGGCUGUUUGUCUCCCUGAAUGACCUGGAGUCUCAUUCGCUCGACCUCGGUCGCGGUUGGGUGUUCGGGUAUGGCGGCAUAUUUGGCCGACUUAUCGGCCUUCGCUCCUCUGCCUACCUACACAACUCCCUAUCGAAAACUCGUCAUAUUCGAGAGAAGCUAUCGGAGCUCCUCGAUAGUGAGGGAUAUAGCCAAUGUGGCAUCGGAAAUGCAUGGAUGUUAACUAUGCCGAGCUUCAUUGGCUAUGAGGGGAUCAACCCGUUGACUCUCUACUACUGUUAUGACACGGAAGCACAUCUCUUCUCGAUCGUGCUGGAGGUCCACAACACCUUUGGAGAGAGACAUGCGUAUAUCUUAGACACGAAGAAGGGUGAGAAGCUUGUGUCUUCCGCCGAAGAGCCCCGUCUUCGCUGGAAUAUCUCGAGGGACUUCCAUGUCUCUCCGUUCAACGAUCGACUAGGAGAUUAUAUCAUAACGCUAUCCGAACCGUCUCACCCUCCUCCGGACAUCAGUGGUGAGGAUAUUCGCAACGCCCCAUAUCCUUUGCCCUACGUUAGCAUCUAUGUGUCGAGUCCGUCGCAACCGUCAGACUCGCCAAAGAUGACUGCAACUCUACGUGCCACCGAGUCAAAACCGCUUACCGCUCCAAACCUCUUACAUUAUCUUGCUCGCCAGCCUUUCGCCCUUCUGUCGUCCCUCCUGCGCAUACUCUACGAGGCUUGGACUUUGCACUACGUCAAGCGGCUCGAUGUGUAUGGCAGGCCUGAUCCGAAGCCGAUCGGGGAAGCGUGGGGUGGGCACGAGCCCGUAGCAGCAGAAGGAGCUGCUACUCCUCUGAAAUCUAGUCGUGGUAUCGGGUGGCAAAGUGCAACUUGGUUCGAGCAGUACACUCGUUCCCGUCUGGAAGACUUCCUUCAGCGCCGAGCGGAGGAUAUUGGCAUCUUCAUAACCCUUGUAACCGGCAAUCCCGACGAGCCAGAUAUAGUCUUCGCGCCAAAAACCACCCUUCCUGCCAUCCCGAAGGAGGAGAACCUGACCAUCUGGUACCUCUCUCCACUGUUCUUCAGUACCCUGUUCGUCGCACCGUCCAUCGAGCAUGCUCUACUUUUAGGCUAUCACACCGAACGGAUCUUCAUCCCUUCUUCGGAGACCCUGUUCUAUGCGGUCUUCCGCUCUGGCGCGACUCGGGGCCUCUCACUCGCGAAGGACAUGGCCAACGGUCCUUCGAUCGUGCAGCGUAUACGCUCGUACAUGCUACCGAAGGAGUUGCUCGCCGAUGUCCCGGCACCUCCGACCCACCCUCUCGACCCACCCUCAGCCGCACCGUUGCGCUGGCUCCAAAACCUCGUAUACAUCACGACGUUCUUCAUACAGUCGUUCGUCGAGAAAUGGCUGUAUCGAACGACACGCGCGAGGUUCGUCCCGGGGCAGGAGCCGUGGCUGAGAUGGGACCGGGCAUUAGAAGCACGCACCGGCAAGGCUCCAGGAACAUCCUAG